AUGUUUAUUAUUUUGAUAUAUUAUAUUUUAUGUUUGUCAUUUUUUAAUAAUAAAAUAAUAAGGAAUUAUGAAAGAAAGGGCACUAUUAGUUAUAUUAGCAAUGUAAACAAAAAUAUUAUAAACUUGGAGAAAAAGUUAUAUAGCAUUCAAAAUUUUAAAAGGAACAUCAGAAAUAUAUAUGAAGAUUUAAAAUCAUUAAAUGAAAGAGAAAAAAAAAUAAAUUAUUUGAUAAAAAAAAAUAUAGAAACAUGUAAAAACAACUAUUUUCCUUUAAUUAAAAAAAAAUUUAUAAAUAAAAAUAUAAGUGAUUUUACUAAAGGAAAAAAAAGUUUUUAUAUCAAUGAAGUAAGAAAAAAUGUUUUUUAUAAAUACAUCCACAGCUGCAAUUCUAAUGUUUAUUUAGCUGUAGAUAUAACGAGAAAAAAAAAAAAAAAUGAAGUUAAAAGAGACAAAUGUUUAUUCAAUUUAGAGUUAAUUAAAGGAAAAAAAGAGUUAAAUAAUAAGAGUAAAAAAGUGUCUCUUAACAUUUUAAAAAUAGAUAAUAACGUAGAUGAUUUAAUUAAAAGUAAUUUAAAAAGACAAAGAUACCUUAUAACAAUAGAUGGAUAUAGUGAUAAUAUAUUGUUAUGUUGCUUUCUUCAUUCCAUAUUAAAAGGAUUACAACAAGUAAGCUUAAACCUUUUUCUUAAGAUGGACUUUAAACAAAUAGCUAAUAAUUUAAGAAAUUUAUUUACUAUUCAUUUUAAUAUUGAACAUAUAAUAAAUUAUAUAUAUCAAUAUAUAUACAGUUUCAUUUUGAAAGAAGAUAUUAAAAAUGAUAAAUGUAAAAUUAAAAAUAAAGAAAAAGCAUCUUUUAUAUAUAAUGAACAUGUGUUGGUAUAUAGAAGUGUAAAUGAAGAUAAAAAGAUAUCUUCAAAUUCACUUGAAAAUGCCCCUGAUAAUGAAGCAUUAUUUUCAAUAUCUGAUAAAAAUGAAACAAGAAAUAGAUGUAAUCCUUUAAAUUCCGAUAAGAAUAUUAUGAAAAUAUAUUCCUAUCCACGAGUAGCACAUAUGCUUAGUGGUGGAAUUGAUUCUUUAAUGGCUUUAUUUUUAUUAGAAAAAAAAAAAUAUUACAUUGAUAAUUUUUUUUUUAAUUUUAAUAACUAUGAUUGUAGUAAAAAUGAUUUGAAAUAUGUAAAACGCAUUUGCAAAAAAAGAAGAAAUUUAUACAUUGUAAAUAUUAAUGAUGAAUAUUUUAAAAAAGUUCUUGUGCCAAUGUUAAAAAGUUAUUCUGAAGGAGAGAUACCUAAUCCAGAUAUAAUGUGUAAUAAAAAAAUAAAAUAUAAUUUUCUUUUAAAGAUUAUUAAGAGCUUGUAUAAAAAAAAAAAUAACUUUUUUAAUUAUUCUUAUAUAUCAACUGGACAUUAUGCUAUGAUAAGUACUAAUGAUACAUAUAAUGCUAAUAAUUUUUUUAAUAAUAAUUUUCCAUAUGCACAUGGAAAAAAUGAAGAGGAAGAAAUAAAGAAAAAAAGAUAUAAAUUACUUGUUAGCAAUGAUAGAAAAAAAGAUCAAACCUUUUUUUUAUCAUCAUUUACUGAAAAACAGUUAUCUAAAUUUCUUUUUCCUUUAUGUCUACAUACAAAAGAAGGUAUUAAAAAUUUUAUGAAAAAAGAAAAUAUUGAUUAUUAUAAUAAAAAUGAGACAAAAGGCUUAUGCUUAUUCGGAAAGGUUAAUAUGCAUUUGUUAUUACAAACGUAUUUUAAAAAUGAUAAAGAUAAUAAAAACGAAAACGUAUCAAAGGAAUCAUCUGGUGAAUUAAUUACAAAUGAUUUGUUAAAUUUUAAAGAAAAAUAUAUUUCAUUGUUUAAUUUGAAUUAUAUUAACUAUAUUAUAAGUAUUGAUGAUGAAAUUGUGAUAGAUAAAAAUUCUGAUAUUCAUUUAUAUGCAAUUGGACAAAAUAAAUAUAUAACUAAUUUUAUUCAUUCUCUUUAUAAUAAAAGGAUAAAAAAAAAUUGCAAAAAUACUUUUUCUUCAUGUCAAUGGGUAGUUGUUUAUAAAAAAAUAAUAAAAAACAAAAAUAAAAAUGUAGCAGAAAAUUUUAUUUAUGUGACAAAAAAUUAUAAGAAUGAUCUAUUUAAAAGUAUAAGAACAAAGUGUAAAUUAAAAAACAUAAAAUGGAUAGAAGGAAAAUUUCCUCUAUGUUUAAAAAAACAAAAAAGAUCAAAAGAUCAAAAAAUAAUAUAUAUUAAGAUUAGAAAUAAUGAGAAUAUAAAAAAGGCGAAAAUAAUAUUUCAUUUAAAUAAUGUUGCAUAUUUAAAAUUACAAAAAAAAGAUAUAGGAUUAUCUCCAGGACAAAUAAUAACAUUUUACUUUCCUUUUAUAAUAAAAAAUAGAAAAAUAAAAUAUAUUUAUUCUCUAAAAAAAUAUCAAAAUGAUUUAAUUUAUUAUCAUUGUAUUGGAUCUUCUAAGAUUAGCAAUCAAUUUCUUGAUAUUAAAUUAUAUCAAAAAAUAUUAAAUAUUCAUAAAAGUAAUAAUAUAACAAUUUUUUGA